UAUAAUUUGAUAUUUAUUAUAGGACAAAAAUCCUAAUUAAUAUAACUCACCAUACAAGUCCACACACAAGUUACUUGGGUUUCUCUUCUUUGUGGUUUCUCUCUUCCCAUCAAUUUAGAUUUUAGACUAGGAAUAAUAUGGAAGAACUGAAGCUGAUCGGUUCGAAAAAGAGCUUAUUUUGUACGAGAAUAGAGUGGGCGUUGAAGCUAAAGGGUGUAGAGUAUGAGUAUUUGGAGGAAGAUUUGAGAAACAAAAGUCCAAUUCUGCUCAAGUACAAUCCAGUUCAUAAGAAAGUUCCUGUUCUUUUACACUUGGGAAAACCUAUAGCUGAGUCUUUAGUCAUUCUUGAAUACAUUGAUGAGGUUUGGAAAGAGAACCCUUUGCUUCCCCAACACCCUUAUGAGAGAGCAAAAGCUCGAUUUUGGGCCAAAUUUGCUGAUGACAAGGUUUCGAUGGGAUCAUUUGAAGCUUGCAAAGCUCAAGGAGAAGGGAAAGAAAAACUGAUAGAAUCUGUGCAAGAAUCUUUAGGUUUUCUCGAGAAAGAAAUCGAAGGGAAAAAGUAUUUCGGAGGAGAAAGCAUUGGUUAUCUGGAUUUAGCAUUGGGUUGGAUUCCUUUAUGCCUUGAUGUAUGGGAAGAAGUUGGGGAGAUGAAGUUAUUCCAAGAAGAAAAGUUUCCAUGUCUUCAUCAAUGGUGUAAGACUUUUCUCAUGGAAAAUCUAGUCAUGGCUGAGUUAUCUCCCUCGAGAGAAACGCUCGUCGAGUUAUAUUCUACUUAUAUAGCCUAUCUUCGCUCUUUGGAAGCCAAUAAAUAGUGAAAUAAAUCUUCGAGUUCGAUUAUUUGUAUAAUAAAAAUUUGUCAAGAACUUAGUUUUUCUUUGUAUAAUAAAAAUUUGUAUAAUCAACAUGUAAUUUGCUUCAUCAAGGGUUUUAGAAUCGAGUUUUGGCUUUGAUUAGUUUGUAUUUCGUUUGUAAUAUUUAGUUUUGAUUUGGGAUCCUAAAAAUCUUUGUUCUUGACAAUUACAGGGUUUGUCUAGGUUUAGUAUAUGUGUUAAAACAAAUUUUAUAUAUUUUAUGAAUAUUUUCAGUUGAAGAA